AUGGCAGGACAACCUGUGAAGCGAAGCUAUGCGAACGCAAUUUUGGACUAUCUUGGGGCACGCUACCUGGGCGUCAGCUCUGAAUUGUGCAGCUACACGAUACAAGCCGUUCGGAUUCCCAUGCGAGAUGGCAUCAACCUGGAAGCCGACUUCUACUCACCAGAGUUGCCCGACAAACAGAGCCCCGCCGGUUUGAUCAUGAUCCAGUGUUGCUAUGGUAGGGGAGCAGGUAUAUCCUUCAUCAAUGCCCGUGUUUUCGCGGCUCGAGGUUAUCAAGCUAUAUUCGUUAGCACACGCGGUACUUAUGGCUCCGGCGGGACGUUCGACCCGGGAAGCAACGAGCAGUCUGACAGUCAGGACAUCGUCACUUGGAUGCGUCAGCAAUCCUGGUAUCCCGGCUCUUUUGCAACUCUCGGUCCCUCAUACCUUGGCUAUAGUCAAUGGGCGCUUUUGCAUGACCCGCCUGAGGAUUGCGUCGCUGCUGUCAUCCCCGUUGGGCCUCAUGAUCAGGCCUCGCACGCGUGGGACACUGGAUCAUUUCGCCUAGACCGUGCCUCCUGGAGCGACAUGAUGUCACGACCAGACGAUGAAAAAGGGAAUUUUCUUUCGCGUCUGUCACAUUUACCGGGGCUGAGCUUUUUGCGGCCCGUAGAACUCGAAAAGGCCGUAGAGGGUCUACCACUGGAAGAAAGUUUACAGAAAUACUUCGGUGAUAGGGCUCCAUGGCUAUUCGAAUAUCUUAAGCAUCCUGAUGUUGAGAGUAGCUACUGGGCAUCGCGAAGGCAUCAUGUUUCGCUUGAACGUGCAAAUAUUCCUAUCUUGUUAGUGAGCGGUUGGUACGACACUUUCACGAGGCAGACAAUACACCAGUUCCAAAAGCUGCAUGACCGAGGAGUGAAUGUCAACCUCGUUGUCGGUCCAUGGACCCAUGUCCAAGGCUCUGGACUCCAUUCUCUGCCAGAGAUAAUGGACUUCCUCGCUGAGCAUCUAGCAAAAACUGGAAAAUACAAUCACUCCCAAGCUCGGGUGUUUGUCACCGGCUCUGAGGAAUGGCGUUCACUGUCAAACUGGCCUCCACCGAGCCAGCCUAUCGCUUUCUACUUACAAGCACAAGGUGGCGUUGGAUUGACUCUACCAACGCAGGACGCCAGACCCUCGUCUUUCGUCUUCGACCCGUUGGACCCUACUCCCAGCAUUGGCGGCAACCAGAUGUCUGGAGGUGGAAGAGUCAACGAUAGUGCAUAUGCAGACAGAACGGACGUUCUCGCAUUUACUAGCGAGCCUAUGACAGAAGAUCUUGAGAUCAUGGGCUGCCCCUUCGUCCAUCUGAUGCACGAAAGCGAUCCACCCUUCGUAGACCUGUGGGUGCGACUCAGUGAGGUUGACACCGACGAUGUUUCCCACAACAUCGCUGAGGUAUAUCGAGCGCUUGAUCCAGCGCGCGAUAUGUCGCAGCCACUGAAGUUAGAGUUGCAAGAAUGUGCUCAUCGAUUUCGGGUUGGUACACGUGUGAGACUGAUUAUUGCUGGGGGCUUUUUCCCAAUGUAUGCAAGAAGUCUUGGGACUGCGGAAAAUCGCGUGUACAGUGAUAAGACAGUCCCCCAGCGGCACACUUUGGCUAUUGCUGGUGGGGUGUCGCAACUAGUCCUACCCGUUGCGGCCGCUGUUUGA